AUGGGCUACGCCAGGUCCAUAUUCAACCGGGAUAUGAAACCAAAUUCUUUCGCUUACAACGUAAUGAUCAGAGGAUAUGCUCAGAGUAACCAACCAGAGGAAGCGCUCUCUUUGUUCUACGAGAUGGUCUGUGAUGGGGAUUCAACCCCCAACUCCCUAACUUUUCCUUUUGUUUUGAAGGCAUGUUCCAAGUUAAACGCCAUUGAAGAAGGACGAGAGGUUCAUGGGCAACUCUUUAAAUAUGGAUUGGGUGGAGACCUGUUCGUGCAGAAUGGCUUAAUCACGUUAUACUCCUGUUGUGGUUCUGUCGACCUUGCAGUUCAAGUGUUUGAGAAGAUACCUCAACCCGACAUAGUUUCAUGGAAUUCGAUCAUUUCUGGCAUGGUCGAUUCGGGUUCUGUGGAAGAAGCGCAUUCGAUGUUUAAUAGAAUGCCCAACGGAAAUGCCGUUUCUUGGAAUUGUCUGAUCGAUGGGUAUGCCAAGUCAGUGUCCUUAGAAAAGGCACGGUGGUUGUUUGAUCAGAUGGAGAGGAAGAAUUCGAUCACUUGGAACAUUAUGAUCGGUGGGUAUGUCAUUGCAGGCCUUAUGGAAGAUGCCCGUAAGCUGUUUGUUCGAAUGCCUCUUCAGUUGAAGGAUUUGGGUACUUUCAAACUGAUGAUUGAUGGUUACACAAAGGAAGGUUCAUACGCAGAGGUGUUGGAGGUGUUUCAAGAGAUGCAGAAGUUGAAAAUCAAACCUGACAAAUUUACAAUCGUUAAUGCACUUUCGGCAUGUUCUUGUGUAGCAGCAUUGGAGCAAGGUGAAUGGAUCCAUGCCUAUGUAGACAAGAACGGCUUCAAAGUGGAUGCUGUUUUGGGUACUGCACUGGUCAAUCUGUAUGCCAAGUGCGGAAAGAUAGAGACUGCUCUUUCUGUGUUUCACAGGAUAGAGGAUAGGGAUGUUGAAGCUUGGAACUCAAUAAUUUAUAGUCUUGGUGUACAUGGGUUUGGGAAUGAAGCUUUGGCACUUUUCUCAAGGAUGUUAGACUCGCAGAUGCCACCUGAUGAAGUAACAUUCCUCAGUGUUUUGAGUGCCUGUAGACAUUCAGGAUUUAUUGAAGAAGGGAGAAGAUUCUUUAACCUCAUGAGCCAAGUAUACAAUAUGACACCCAAAGUUGAACAUUAUGGAUGCUUGGUUGAUCUUCUCGGCCGUGCAGGUCUCUUGGAUGAAGCAAAAGAGUUGAUAGAGACAAUGGAGACAAAAUCAAGUGUUCCCAUGUGGGGAGCUCUACUUGGAGCUUGUAAUCGGCUUGGUAAUGUACAGAUGGGUGAAUAUGCCGCAAAACAUCUCAUAGAAUUGGAUCCCAAUGAUCCUAGCAGUUAUGUUGUUCUAUCUAAUAUGUACGCAGCGGCAGACAUGAAUGAGGACGCCAUUGAGGUAAGGAAGAGGAUGAAAAAUCUUGGAAUGGAAAAGAUCCCUGGCUGUAGCUUGAUUGAAGUGAAUGGCGUGAUUCAUGAAUUUCGUGUAAGCACCGACACUCUUGAAGAAACCAGUUAG